GAAGUAUCCAAUACUGAAAUUCAAGAUGGCUGAAACUCCACGGCCCUCAACAUCUAAAGUCGCGCAAACAGCAACAAAUACGACAACAAAAGUUCCCUCGAACACUGGCACCAGUAAAGCAACUGUUUCAGUUGCCAAAGAAUCAACCGGAGAUUUCAAACAGAAAGCAGAGGGUGUAACUAUCGCCGACUUUUUACAUCAUUUAGAUGACUACACUCCAACGAUACCCGAUGCAGUAACAUCGUACUAUUUAAACAGAUCUGGAUUUGAGACAACUGAUCCUCGACUGGUUAGACUAAUUUCCCUCGCUGCCCAAAAAUUCGUGUCUGACAUUGCCAAUGAUGCCCUACAACAUUGUAAGAUGCGAGGAUCUGUACAAAGCUCCAGGAAAUCUGGCAAAGACAAGCAUUACACAUUGACAAUGGAGGACCUGAAGCCAGCUCUUGCAGAAUCAGGAAUCAAUGUGAAAAAGCCACCAUAUUUUGUAUAAAUAAACACUUUGUUUUAGUUUGAAUGAUGUAAUGGAACAAUAACCAACCUCUUCACAGAUUGAAUGGAACAACUACAAUAUUUCAAUUUGAGCAUACUUUGUAGCAUAUUUCUUAUUGAGUUAUAAAAUAAUGCUGGACAUCACU